UCCACGUCUGUCAAAAGUUGCAUGCUAACCGAAAGGCGAAAGUUUAAGUCAGAGGAUCAAAGAUAAUUACCACCCACGAGUCCGCUGAGAAAACAGGAUGUCAAAGGACGCCAAUUCCAAGGAGGCGCUGAUCAAGGCGGCCUACGCCGAUGUGCACAAGUUCGGCAAUAACCGCGAGUUCGACAAGGCAGUCAAGGCGGUCAAUCGCAUCCUGGGCGUGGCCCCCGACGAUCCCACGGCCUUGCACUGCAAGGUGGUGUGCCUGGUGCAGCUGUCCAAGUUCGAGGAGGCCUACAAGUUCAUCGAGAAGAAUCGCCUGUCCUCGUUAGCCUUCGAGAAGGCCUACUGCGAGUACCGUCUAAAUAAACAGCAGCAGGCGUUGAAGACGAUCGAUGAUGCGGGCCUGCAGCCCCUGCCUCAGAACCUCAAGGAGUUGCGCACCCAGGUCCUUUAUCGCUUGGAGCGCUACGAUGACUGUCUGGACUCCUACCGCGACAUCAUCAAGAACACCAGCGACGAGUACGAGGACGAGCGGCGAACCAAUCUGAGCGCAGUGGCCGCCAACCUGGCCGUUGACCAGGCCAAGGAGGUGCCCCAGGUGCCGGAGGACACCUACGAGCAGUACUUCAAUAGCGCCUGCAUCCAGGCCAACCGUCAGAAGUACGCCGAGGCCGAGAGGAAGCUGCGCACCAGCGAGAAACUGUGCCGCGAAUUUCUCGAGGAAGAGGGCGCCUCCGAGGAAGAGAUCAUCGAGGAGGUGGACGUCAUCCGCGUCCAGUUGGCCUACGUUCUACAGCUGCAGGGCAAGACCAAGGAGGCGGGCAUCAUCUACGCGGACUGCCUUCGCCACAAGCCGAAGGACGCCGCCCUAGUGGCCGUGGCCAGUAACAACUCGGUGGUGAUCAACAAAGACCAGAAUGUUUUUGACUCCAAGAAGAAGAUUCGCGCCGCCCUGGCCGAUGCAUGUGAGCCAAAGCUAACUUCACGCCAGAAGCAGGUUAUUGCUCUCAACAACUGUCUGCUGGCCCUAUACACCAACGCCGGCGACCAAGUGCAGCAGAUCAGCCAGAAGUUGGCGCAGAGCUACCCUCAGGUGGAGUUCGAAGCGCUGCUCAUCCGCUGCAGCCAGCUGGCCAAGGACCGCAAACACAAGGAGGCCAUCGAUCAGCUGCAGAAGUUUGCUGCCGCCAACAAAUCCCAUCAGUUUGUUAGCAAGUUCGCCGUCAUCCAAUUGCAACUGCUGCAGGGCAGCCGCAAAGAUGCCAUCGAGACAUUGCUUUCAUUGGGUGAGGCCAAGUACAAGCCUGGAGUCGUUUCCGCUCUGGUUUCCCUUUACCUGGGCACGGACAAUAAGGCAGCGGCCUCGGCGCUGCUAAAGUCCGCUGUGGACUGGUACAAGAAGAACAAUGUGAGCAGUGGUGAUUUGUCGGAUAUGUGGCGUCAGGCGGCUGAGUUCCAUCUGCGCGGUGGGGCCUCAGAAACGGCCGCCAGCUCGCUAGAAGAGCUGCUUAAGUUGAACCCCAACGACACGAAGGUGCUGGCCCAGCUGGUCAUCGCCUACGCGCAGUUCCAGCCCAAGCGGGCACUUGAGCUCAGCAAAAAACUGCCUAAGCUGGAGACGCUUACCACGGCUUCCGAAAUCGACGCCCUGGAGGCGGCCAACUGGGUGAUGUCCGCCAAAGCGGCCAAGAAGUCUGCCAAUGCCAAGAUCGAACCCUCACCGAGCACCCCCAUAGAGAAGAAAAAGAACCAGAAUCGGAAACGAAAGGGCAAGCUGCCGAAGAACUACAACGCCGAAGUGGGUCCUGAUCCGGAGCGGUGGUUGCCCAAGUACGAGCGCACUGGAUUCCGGAAGAAGCGAGGUGGUGCGCGAGGCAAGGAUGUCAUCAAGGGAUCUCAGGGCAUGACAUCGGGAGCAGCCGAUCAAUACGAUAUGUCCAACCGCGUCAAUCUGAGCAAGAACUCCCCCGCCACGCCCGUUUACCAAGAGACGACCCCAGGACCAAGGCAGCAGCACCGCAAAGGUGGCCACAAAAAGAAGAAGGGCGGCCGCUUCUAGAUUAACACAGACCUAAACAAAUGUCAAUACUUUCGAACGCCAAUUAUACAACCCGCUUUGAAUGUUA